GGAGGCUGUGCGCAGGCGCGCUGGGGAGCUGAGCAUGGCCGCCCGGUUGCUGUGGCUGCUCGAGCUGCUCGGCCUCGGCCUCGGGCUGCGCGGUUACAGCCUGCGGGGGCAGGGCUGGCACAUCCGCAACGGCAACGGCAGCGUGGGAGUGAGCGGCGCCGCGGUGCCCGGCAAUGUGCACAGCGCCCUGCUCCGACAGCGGCUCAUCCAGGAUCCUUAUUAUAGAUUUAAUGAUAAUGCCUACAAAUGGAUUGCACUGGACAACUGGACAUAUAGCAGGACAUUUACUCUUCCCGCUGAAGUCAGCAAAUGGAAGAAAGUAAAUCUAGUUUGUGAGGGGCUGGAUACCGUUGCAACAGUGCUUGUUAAUAAUGUCACUGUUGGGACUACAAACAACAUGUUCAGCAAAUAUACAUUUGAUACCACUGGAGUGAUCAAAGAGGAGAACUUUAUUGAAAUACGAUUUUUAUCUGCCAUCUCCUAUGCAGCACAACAGAAUGCUUUGUAUAGCAAUUAUACAGUACCCCCUGAAUGCCCUCCACCUCAGCAAAAAGGAGAAUGCCAUGUCAACUUCAUCAGAAAGGAGCAGUGUUCUUUCAGCUGGGACUGGGGUCCAUCCUUUCCUACACAAGGCAUCUGGAAAGAUAUAAGAAUCGAAACGUUCAAUGUCUGCCACCUAACACAUCUCACUGCAACUUCUAUUUAUGAUCAGGAAACCCAGCAAUGGUCAGUGGAGACAGAGACCUUUUUUGACGUUAGUUAUUCAAAGAUGAUCAAAGGUGAUUUGACUGUUAGCAUUCUCUCCUUACACAUACAAAAUACCUACAAAGUAGUUCUUCAGCCCGGAGAGAGCCGUAAUAAAGUGCAGCUGAACAUAAAUCAGAGUACUUCUAUUGAUCUUUGGUGGCCCAAUGGUCAUGGCAAUCAGACUGGCUACAACAUGAGUGUCACUUUCACAAUCAAAGGAAAGCAUCGUAUUGAAAAGUUCAUUAAGGUCUAUUUUAGGACAGUAGAGUUGGUACAAGAGUCUAUCACGGGAUCUCCUGGACUAAGCUUUUAUUUUAGGAUCAAUGGAGUUCCAAUAUUCAUGAAAGGUUCAAACUGGAUUCCUGCAGAUGCCUUCCAGGACAGAGUGACAUCUGAUGUUUUACGAAAUUUGCUGCAGUCAGUAGUGGAUGCCAAUAUGAAUACACUGAGGGUUUGGGGAGGAGGAGUAUAUGAACAAGAUGAAUUCUACAAUCUGUGUGAUGAAUUGGGAAUUAUGAUUUGGCAAGAUUUCAUGUUUGCCUGUGCUCUUUAUCCAACUGACAAAAGCUUUGUUGAUUCAGUAAAGGCAGAGAUUAUUCAUCAGGUACGGCGACUGAAAUCUCACCCGAGCAUUGUAAUCUGGAGUGGAAACAAUGAAAAUGAAGCUGCACUUGCUAAAAACUGGUUCAGGAUUCCUUUAGUCAACAUGGACCAGUAUUUAGAUGACUACAUAUUUCUCUAUGUUCAUAAUAUUAGAAAAAUAGUACUUGAGGAGGAUAAGAGUCAUCCUUAUAUUACCUCAAGUCCCACUAAUGGUGAUGAAUCUAUUCUGGAGAAUUGGGUUGCUCGUAACCCCUAUGAUACCCAGUAUGGUGACUCCCAUUAUUAUAAUUAUUAUAGCGAUUGCUGGGACUGGACGCAAUUCCCAAAGACUAGAUUUGCUUCUGAAUAUGGCUUCCAGUCUUGGCCAUCUUUUUCAACUUUAGAAAAGGUUUCUUCACCUGAGGACUGGUUUUACAAUAGCUCCUUUAUGGAUCAUCGACAGCACCAUAACGAUGGCAAUGAUGAGAUGCUGAACCAAGCUCAGAUCCACUUUAACCUGCCUCAGGCAAAUGAUCCGCUACAGAAGUUCAAAGAUAUACUUUAUCUCACUCAGGUGAUGCAAGCGCAAUGCAUAAAAAUACAAACUGAAUUCUACCGUCGUAGUCAAAGUGAGAUUGUUAAUGGGCAAGGUCGCACAAUGGGGGCAUUAUACUGGCAGCUUAAUGAUAUCUGGCAGGCUCCCUCCUGGGCUUCCAUUGAAUAUGGUGGCAAGUGGAAGAUGUUACAUUACUUUGCACAGAAUUUCUUUGCUCCAGUUUUGCCAGUAGCUUUUGAAAACAGUGGGACAAUAUUAGUCUACGGGAUAUCGGAUUUGCAUGUAGACCUUCAACUUAUGCUUCAGAUUAAGAUCUACCAGUGGAGUCAAAUGGAACCAAUAUGUGGUCACACAACUGAGUCCUUUACCCUUAAGGGAGGAAGCGCAUCCCCUAUCUACAAGAAAGUCACUGAUGAUCUACUGAGGCAAUGUGGUUGCACUAGGUUGAGCUGUGUAGUAACGUUUUACCUUGACAUUAAUGGCCAGAAAUAUGGACCUACCAAUCACUACUUUCUUUCUUCUUUAAAGCAUGUUUCAACUUUGAAACCCCCCAAGAUUAAUGCUACCAUCAGUCAGCACGGUGAAAGGUAUACAGUUACCUUGCAGAGUACAAGCAUUGCCCCCUAUGUCUGGCUGGAUGUAGGGGAUAUCUCAGGAAGAUUUGAUGACAAUGGAUUUCUCAUGCUUGAAAAAACAAAACUGGUGACUUUUUAUCCCUGGCGCCCGACUGGCAUCUCUGAGCUGACCAAGGCCCUCCAUGUGCGAUCACUUAUUGAUAUUUACAAAAAGUAAUGUACGCCCAAAAAUAUAGAGAGAAGCUAAUAGAGUGAUGGUCAUCCAUUAUACUCAUCUAACUAAUUACUUGAAUUAAGAGGAAGGGAGGGACAUAAUAAAACAAAAUUAGCUUGUGAAUUUAAAUAAACCCUGGAUACAUUUAUAACUAAAACCAAGAAAUGUCCAGGCAGAACUAGAACAAAAAAAGUUAAGAAAGGCUUUGUGAAACUGAUUUGGUAAUAUCAGACAAUCCCUUUUAACAAAUAUGUUUGUUUCCUUCCAUUUCAGCGAUACCUUCUUAAACUUCAUCCAGUAAUUGAGGAUCGUGUGUAGAAUUAUAUCAAUUAAUACGAAAUGCGGUGUAUUGCUUUGGGGCGUCUUUUAUCAUGGUAAAGCUUAUAGUUUUACAGAUCUUAUAGAGGUGUUGUUAUCUUCCACCCACCGCACAUUCUUUAGAUCAUUAAAUAUUUUAGAUGAAUUUAUUUUUGUUUUAAAGUGAAAUUUUAAAUAUUCUGAGACUUUUUUUAUGCAAACUUGUUUUCUUUUCCACCAAGUCACUCAAAGUGUUUUGCGAGAAGUAUUGUAUGUUGGAUGAACAUUGGUCAAGUCUGCAGGAAAAUAUAACUGUAACCUUUCUGUAAGUCAAGGCUCAGCAGUAAAUAUAAUCAGCCUCAUUGAAGGACAAGCUAUACCAAUUUAGUAACCUGUUCAGGGUUCUGGCUAUAGCUUCCUUUAAAAAUGAAAUUGCUCUGAUUGAUCCAUUUCUUUUUCACCACUUUAUCGAAAUAUAUCCUGUGGAUUAAAAUAUCUUUUAAUACCUUUCAAUAUUUUCCAACUGUGCCUUAAAGGAUAUAAUGUUGCAACUAUCUUAAUGUAAUGAAAUGGUAUGUAAUGUUUCCUUUAUUCUAUACGCCCAAAAUGCAGGUAUCUCUUCUAAGAUAACAGAUCAAAUUUAUUUUUAUUAAAAGCCUUUAUAUCGUGUGAUAACCUCAGAACUACAAUCUCAAACACAUGCAAAUCUUCAUUUGUCCAUUCACUCGAAGCUGGAUUCACCUCUGGAACCUGGGUUUCAAUCCAGCCCAAAGUGAUUGCUUGCAAAUAUGCUUUUCUCUGCUGAAUGUAAGUGAACUGAUGUUAAUCGGCUUGCACUAAGCUUGUCGUGGGUACAAAUCCACAACCAAAAAGCUUCCCAAUUCAGCACUUAUCAAUCAGAAUCCUCGCUCACAGAGGCUACUGGGUUGCUGGUGAGGAAUAGUAAUGGCACCCUGAUGUAGAUGGGUGCUCUGCUGAGCUUGGGGCAAUCCGUGCACAAUUUAUGGCCACUUUUACUAGCACUUUUCAGUUUUAGUCCAGAUGUUUUGGGCUUAGGACUGAAAUGUUAGUGAGAGACAACCCAUUCUGCCCUGAAACACUUUAUAUUUCUAGCUCCAGUGGCAAGGGCCAAUAACCUGCAGAAGGGGUGGAGUUAAAAUGUUUCAAAAGAAUGUCACCAAAGGGUGGCUUUUUAAUUAAUUUUGCCAAAUACCUAACAAAUGAGUCUGACUCAUAGGUAAGUCACUUGAUUGCUAGUAUAUUCUCAUUGUGAAAAUGUGUUUUAAAAAUAAUCAUUGAUUCUGGAUAAGUACUAUACAAUACAAAAUUACAAUUGUAUUACAGUCGUGCCUUCAUGUCGGGAGAUGUCCCAAGGCACUACAAUUACAUUGUAUGAGGGUAUAAAUUUUAUGUCAAUUAUCUUUUAAAUGUUUCUGUUGAUGCAUUCCAAAACUGUUCCAACUGGGCAGUAGAAUCUUGUUGAAACUACAAUAACUGACUGAGCUUAAACAAAAAUACUGUGAAUGAAUUUAUUGUCUAGCCUCAACAAGUGAUGUAACCAAAUAUGAUGCAUAAAGUAUGAGCUGUUUACAUUGAAAUAAAAAGUGCAAAAAUCUGA